GGGAGAGGGGCGUGGCCGGCGGCCGUUGGGGUGUCUCGCGCUGGGUGACAGCUCGCGCGUGCUGAUGAUGGCGGGCUUUGAAGCUGUGCUGCCUUACAACGAAGACUUCAGGAGGAAUUAAAUUCUCCCCGCGCCGCCAGGGCUCCUGUGGCUGAAAUGGGGCUGUGCCGGGCCCCGGGGGCUGCGUGGAGGAGGAGAGGAUGUUCAGAGAUGACUCUGUCAAAGCAGCGAAGACUUCUGUGAGACAUGGAUAGAUGCAAACAUGUUGGGCGGCUACGACUCGCCCAGGACCACUCUAUCCUGAACCCCCAGAAGUGGCACUGCGUGGACUGCCAGACAACCGAAUCCAUCUGGGCCUGUCUGAAGUGCUCCCACGUGGCCUGCGGGAGGUACAUCGAGGAGCAUGCACUGAAACACUUUGAGGAGACCAGGCACCCCUUGGCCAUGGAAGUCAACGACCUCUACGUCUUCUGCUACCUGUGUGAGGAUUACGUCCUGAACGACAACCCGGAGGGGGAUCUGAAGCUGCUGAGGACCUCUCUGUCCGCCAUUAAAAGUCAGAGGCACCACCCGGCCACGAGGAGCGGCAGGACCUUGCGAUCCAUGGCUCUGGGAGAGGAGGUCUGCAGCCGUCAAAGGAGCCCUCAGGGACAGUCUCAGAUGCUCACAGCUCUCUGGCACCGGCGCCAGUCCUUGCUCGCCAGGGCGCUGCGGACCUGGUUCGAUAAGAGCUCCAGGGGCCAGCUCAAGCUGAAAGAGAAGAGGCAAAUGGAGGAGCUGGAGAAAAAGAAGGAGGCAGCCAGGCAGCGGCGGCAGGAGAUGAAGAGACAGCUCCUGGAGGAGCUGGCAAACACUCCCCCGAGGAAGAGCGCCAGGCUGUUGUCUCACAUGCACAGAGAGAACUUGAUUCCAAGGAAGUUCAGGGAGGUGGCCGCCGCUUCCCCUACCUCAAGGCAGAUGCAGAGCAGCAGGUUCAGGCAGUUCUAUUCCAUCCGGCGCAAGCCUCUGAUGACCCCCGGGGUGACGGGGCUGAGGAACCUGGGCAACACCUGUUACAUGAACUCCAUCCUGCAAGUGCUCAGCCACCUCCAGAAGUUUAGAGAAUGUUUUUUGACGCUUGAUCUCUGUGAAACAGAAGAACUCUUAGCCAAAACUGUGAACGGGAGGUCCAGGAUGCCCAGCAAGUUGGCAAAUGGGUCUGCUGCUAACGAGUCAGGGAAGGCUGACAGAGUGGGGUCCUACGGCCCGCAGGGCUUGCCAGCUGCCUUGAACGGUGGCUCCUCCAUAAGCAGGAGCUUGGAACUGAUACAACCCAAGGAACCGAGUUCAAAGCACAUCUCCCUCUGUCACGAACUGCACACCCUCUUCAGAGUGAUGUGGUCUGGCAAGUGGGCCCUGGUGUCCCCCUUUGCCAUGCUGCACUCUGUGUGGAGCCUGAUCCCGGCCUUCCGAGGUUACGACCAGCAGGACGCUCAGGAGUUCCUCUGCGAGCUGCUGGAUAAGGUACAGCAGGAGCUGGAGUCGGAGGGAACGAAGCGCAGGAUCCUCAUCCCUUUCUCCCAGAGGAAGCUCACCAAGCAGGUCCUGAAGGUGGUGAACACCAUUUUUCACGGGCAGUUGCUGAGUCAGGUCACCUGCAUAACAUGCAACUACAAAUCCAACACCGUUGAACCCUUCUGGGAUCUCUCCCUGGAAUUCCCUGAGCGUUACCACUCCAUGGAGAAAGGACUCAUCCCAGUGAACCAGACAGAGUGCAUGCUGACAGAAAUGUUGGCCAAGUUCACCGAGACUGAAGCUCUGGAGGGGAGGAUCUAUGCCUGUGACCAGUGCAACAGCAAACGGCGAAAGUCUUCUCCUAAGCCUCUGGUUCUGAGUGAAGCUAAGAAGCAGUUAAUGAUCUACAGACUACCUCAGGUCCUCCGGCUGCACCUUAAACGAUUCAGGUGGUCUGAACGCAAUCACCGUGAGAAGAUUGGGGUCCAUGUCCUCUUUGACCAGGUAUUAAACAUGGAACCUUACUGCUGCAGGGACUCUCUCUCCUCUCUUGACAAAGAGACCUUUGUCUAUGACCUCUCCGCUGUGGUGAUGCAUCACGGGAAAGGGUUUGGCUCAGGACACUACACAGCAUAUUGCUACAACACAGAGGGAGGGUUCUGGGUCCACUGCAACGACUCCAAACUGAAUGUAUGUAGCGUGGAGGAGGUGUGCAAAACCCAGGCCUACAUUCUUUUUUACACUCAAAGAACAGUGCAGGACAAAGCAAGAAUCUCAGAAAAGCAACUCCAAGCUCAGGUGCCCUCCAGACCCAGUGACAAGGACAGAAGACUGACGUUGCCAUGACGGGGCAGCUCUGU